GUCAAAUAAAGCAGCCCACCCCUCCAGAAGACGCCUGCAAAGUUUGUUUUGCUUUCCCCCCUCCCCCGGGGUUUCUUUGAUUUUUGCAAAAGCAGAGAAAAGAUUUAAGGCAGGUGCAAGGCGGAUUUUUCCCCCCUCUUCUUUUUUUUGUCCUUCUUUAAAGCCAGGAAGGCGUCUUCGGGGGGGGGGGAGAGAACAGACGGAGGAGGAGGAAGAGGAGGCGGUUAUAUACUGGAGAGACUCGGGGCAAAAGGCCCAGCCCAAAAAAAGUCGAGAAGAAAAGAGGAGAAGCAGGAGAUAGGAAGUUACAAAGAUGCCCCGGCGGAAGGCAGACGCAGCCAGUUCGGGGAACGGCACGGGGCUAUCGCGCAAACGGACGAGCACCGGCCGGGGGGCCCCGCUGACCGCCAAGAGGAAGAAUCGGGGUGGUGGGGGCAGCAGCAGCAGUAGCAGCAACAACGGGGGCGGGGGCAGCAGCGGAGAGGAGCAGGAUGGGCUGGUGUUGCCCCUGCUCUCGGCCCCCGGAGGCAGCAAGAAGACACCCCGGUCUGGAGGUGGGCGAGAACAGCAAAGCCCCCCCGGUUUGCAAUCGCCCCAGGCCGCCGUGGUGGUCAACGAGCCCGAACACACCAAGGAGCGCAUUAAACUGGAAGGCUCAAAGUGUAAAGGACAGCUUUUGAUAUUUGGGGCCACAAACUGGGACUUAAUUGGCCGAAAAGAAGUCCCAAAGCAGCAAGCUGCGUAUCGCAACCUUGGCCAAAACCUGUGGGGGCCGCACAGAUACGGAUGUCUCUCGGGAAUCCAAAUCCGGACGGUAAUUUCGGGUCCGUGUGCUGCUCACAGCCUCUUCAUCACCGUGGAAGGGAAGCUGUGGAGCUGGGGACGCAACGACAAAGGGCAGCUAGGCCACGGAGAUACCAAACGGGUCGAUGCCCCCAAGCCUAUAGAAGUGCUCAGCAGUGAGACAGUUGUGUCAGCCGCUUGUGGGCGCAACCACACACUGGCCCUGACGGAGAAUGGAUCUGUCUUUGCUUUUGGAGAGAACAAGAUGGGGCAACUUGGACUGGGGAACCAGACAGACGCCAUUCCCAGUCCUACCCAGAUCAUGUACAACGGCCAGCCAAUUACCAAGGUGGCGUGCGGGGCUGAGUUUAGCAUGAUUAUGGAUUGCAAAGGGAAUCUCUACUCAUUUGGUUGCCCUGAGUACGGACAGCUAGGGCACAACUCCGACGGGAAGUUCAUCGCCCGAGCCCAGAGGAUAGAAUACGACUGUGAGUUAGUUCCUCGCCGUGUGGCCAUCUUCAUCGAGAAGACCAAAGAUGGCCAGAUCUUGCCAGUCCCGAACAUCGUCGUGAGGGAUGUGGCGUGUGGUGCGAAUCACACGCUCAUCCUGGACUCACAGAAGCGUGUCUUCUCCUGGGGAUUUGGCGGUUACGGCCGAUUAGGACACGCGGAACAGAGGGACGAGAUGGUGCCCCGGUUAGUGAAGCUUUUCGAUUUCCCCGGCCGUGGCGCGGCGCAGAUCUACGCAGGCUACACCUGCUCUUUUGCAGUCAGCGAAACAGGAGGCCUGUUUUUCUGGGGAGCGACGAACACUUCCCGAGAAUCAACCAUGUACCCCAAAACCGUGCAGGAUCUGUGCGGUUGGAAAAUCCGUAGCUUGUCUUGUGGGAAGAGCAGCAUUAUAGUGGCAGCUGAUGAGAGCACAAUCAGCUGGGGUCCUUCUCCGACCUUUGGAGAGCUGGGUUACGGAGAUCACAAGCCGAAGUCAUCAACUGCAGCUCAGGAAGUGAAAACGCUGGAUGGGAUUUAUACAGAACAGGUGGCCAUGGGCUACGCUCACUCCCUGGCGAUCGCCCGCGAUGAGAACGAAGCCGAAAAGGAGAAGAUCAAGAAAUUGCCAGAAUACAACCCACGCACCCUCUGAUGCCAGCCGUGUGACCCUUCCCUUCACCGGUCAAGAGACUGCGGGGGUCCCUCCGUGCGGGGGUCCCUCCGUGCGUUUCGUUAAGACUUCUGAGAAUUUGGUUUUUAUACGGCAUUUGAAGUUUUAACUACCUGUUGCUAGGACUCUUCUCUGCCCUGCUCCACCCCAUCCUUUCCCCCCAAGGUGGCUUGUUUUGUAUUUUGUAUUUCUUUUUAUUUUUUAUUUUUUUUUGUGAUGGUGGUGGAGGAGGAGGAGGAUAAAUUGAAGACGUCCGUUUGUCCUUUUUUUCAGUCACCAUUCCGGUGGAAACUUCAGAGGCAUUUGUCCAGUUUUUCUCCCCCCUGUUAAACCUGUUCAGGACCAGUAAGCCAGCAUUGAAAGUUUGUUUGUUUGUUUUUUCUACUGCAAAGAGUGGCCUGUGCUUUGCGUGUCCCCCCCCCCCCGGAAGGCAGCUAUUUGUUUUUGUUAGUUCUCUGCCUUUCUAUCAUUUCCUUUGAUUUAAUUUGGGCACCAGGCCUCCGAGUUCAAGAGUUCCUGUUGAUUUAGGGUUGAGCAGUUGUGCCACCUCGUUUCCGUGUUGCCACAGACCUUUAAUUGGCAUUGUGUUCCUUUGUAAUUGCACAGCAUUUCUUUCUCACAAUCUUGGGGGGGGGGGAGAGAGACUUGUAGGGCAUUUUGCUUGCAAGUAGCAAUUGUCCUUAGGGGUGAGAUUAGGAGGCUGACCACAGGAGGGUGCUUCGCAUCUGGUUUUAGAACAAGUGAAUUUGUUGCAUUGAAAACAGCUGGAGAGACAUUUCACUUUGGGCUAAAUUCUGACCCUGGUAAUUAAGCUGGAAAAAAAAAAAGCUUCCCUUUUGUUUAUCUUUUUCUCUUUAUGGGCUGGCACCCACUUUCUUAGGAAGUGGAACUUUUGAGUUCCUCUUUUGAAAGGGGAAUUUCUUUAGAAUUGAAUGACAGCUGAGUGGUGGUUCUCAGACUCGAAGCAUCACACCUAAGGCUUAGAAUAUUGGGGGGGGGGUGUUUCCUCUAACCCUUCUCUUGACACCCCCCCCCCCCCACAAAUACUAACAACCCUUUGAUCCCUGGUUGAGGAAACUGCAUAAUGUUUCCGAGAAAUACAGGAGAUGCAUUUCCAGCCCGUGGGAAUUUAAUUCACAGCCGUCUUAUUUCACCAUCUGGUCUUUGUGGGAUGGAAAUGUUGUGGCCUGGAAGCAAAGUCCUGCUCUAUUUCAGAUGGUCUGUUAUAAGAGACCAGGAUCCUUUCCCCAUUCACCAUCACUACCAUCCCUCGGUGGGUUUUUGUCACCUUUAUAACCAGAUCUGCUAAGUUCUGAGUUAGAACAGUGAGCAAUAAACCGGAAAAAAAAAUAAUGUAAACCCACCACUGAUGGAUGGAACAUGGGGAAAGUUGGAAGGCAGGCAGCAGCUGUUGAUUUGAUGCUAAGUUUGCAGGUUCAGGAUACUAGAUGGAGAAUGAUGUUAAAGUGAGAAAAGUCAGGAAGUUGACUCUCUUUUGCACAACGUUUUCUCUUUUUUUUUUUUUUUUCCUGAUUGGGUACGUUCAGCCGCAGUUCAACACCCCUCACCAUUUUAUUUGUCUUGCCAGAUGUUUUUCCUCUUCUUCAUUGGCUAAGUCAUUCUAACCCUAACAGGAAACCCCGUAAAUUAACAGGGGAUAAUUUAUUUGCCAUGGGAGAGAAAGAAGACAAAGAGGUACUUCCAUUUUCACCAAAGAAACGGCUGUUUUUCUGCUAAGUAAAAGAUUUUGCUUUGGGCCUGGUUGGCAUAAAGAUUUGUGUUUUAAAACUGCUGGCUCUUUUUUUUUUUUUUUUCUUUAUCAAGGAGAAGGGCCCAGUGAGGACAAAUUAAAGUUAAAGAGAUGGGGGAAAAAAGGUUUUACCCUACUCUUGUCGUUCUCUUUUGUUUUCCUCGUCCCCUUUUUUUAUAUUUCUCAAAUGUUUAAAUAAAUGAUGGGUUUGUUUAGA